AUGGGGCGUGCGCGCAAGCGCCUCAAGCUCGAAGAAGGAGAUAUUUCAUCUUCCGAUGAUGAUUGCAUAAUGGUCGACGUGCAAGUAAAGAAGGUGCGCGAGUCAAACCCCAAAGUUGCUCAGGGUCAUGGUCAUCAUCUCUCAACCUCAAAAGCAAACGCGGCAGCCCCCUAUCCCUUUUGCAGCGAAUGCUGUAAAUAUUUCCAAAGCGAGGAGGGAAAAGAACUACAUUUCUCGAAGUGGCAUUACGGCAACCUAUGUCUCGCAUGCGAUGAAGGUUUCCCAACAGAGUCAGAGCUACUCCAACACAAGGCUACCCACACAGACACCCCAAUUUGCUGUGUCGGCUGCAAGAAAGGAUUCAAAACCUAUUCAGGAAUGAUGGAUCAUCUUGAGCACGGCGCGUGCAAAUCAACCUGCACCGUUCAGGUUGUCCGCAGUGCUGUAGCAACUCAUUGUGCGCGUUUCCACCCAUCCUCAACUCGGAAUAUCGACCUCCAAUGCCCUAGUUGCGACAAGAAGUACCGUCGCAUGGGCCACGUCUUCAGACAUUUCGAAAAAAGAGCAUGCACUUUACGAAACUGGAUCGAAGAAACAGGCCUACUAGACUUUCUCGCCACUCUCAGAACAUCGAUACAGGAGAAUAAGCCGUCGAACUUCUACUGCAAUGUCUGUCGAAAGAGCUUUGACCAAGAAGUUGGGCUGACGAUGCACCAGAGAUAA